AUGGAUGCAGUGGAGCAAGGUGUACGCGUAGUAGAAUCUGAUGCCAAGGGAACCACGGUUGGUUUGGGAGGCACACCAGAUAGAGAAGGCAAGGUGACUCUUGAUGCCUGCAUUAUGGAUCAUCGCAACAAGUGUGGGGCUGUAUCUUUCCUACAAGACAUCGAACAUCCCAUAAGCGUAGCUCGCAGAGUGAUGGAAGAGACGCCGCAUGUGAUGCUUAGUGGAGCAGGGGCCUAUCAAUUUGCUCGUGAACAAGGUUUUCCACAUAAAAAAUUGCUUACAGAACAAGGGGAGAAAGCGUGGCGCGCAUGGCUCGUCGAGUCGAAAUAUGAGCCGAAGGUAAACAUCGAAAACCACGAUACGAUUUCGGCCCUUGCACUUGAUGCCAAUGGUCAUCUUGCUGGGGCGUGCACCACCAGCGGCAUGGCCUACAAACUACAUGGUCGAGUGGGAGAUUCUCCAAUCAUUGGAGCGGGUCUUUUUGUCGAUGGUGAAAUAGGGGCUGCCUGUGCUACCGGUGUAGGGGAAGCAAUUAUUCGAAUUGCAGGCAGUGCGCUCGUCGUGGAAUUAAUGCGACACGGCCGCAGCCCACAAGAGGCAUGCGAGGAAGCUGUGGAACGUAUUAUCGAGAAACACGAUUCCGUAGAAGAUCUUCAGGUUGGAUUUAUUGCACUGAGUAAAGCUGGAGUGAUGGGUGCCGCAAGUAUGUAUCCUGGAUUUACGGUGGCUGUGAAAACCACGGAUCUCGAUGUUCUGGAGGAAGCGAAAUAUCUGACAGACUAA